CAAAAACAGCAUUCUAGAUCAAUGAUCAUACCCCUGGAUGCCAAGAAGACUUUAGAUGAGUUUGCCUUUCAAAUUUCCUCUUUCUCGCCAUUAUCUCACAUUGAUGUUGUAAUAGUAGAUCCGGGUGGAUGUCAAUGGCCAUUAAUAGGGUUUUUCGGCCAACCAGAGACGGAUUCCCCUUUGUUGUGGCUGCGUUUAGGCGCCAUUAAUGCUACCUUGAGCAAAUUGGAAAAGGAGAGGGGCAUUCUCUUCUUUCGGUUGGGUUUUGCGUGGGGGGAUAUAAGUGGGUUUUGGUGUGGAAGGUCAAAUUUCCAUGUUGUGAAGGAAACUGAUGGUGUUCUGCAAGGGCAGUAUGGCCCUCAAGCUGGUAAAGGGGCUCUAGAUCCCUUAUUAACCUAUGGUAGCCAGGGAUUGUUGAGGAUUGGAACAGAUGUGCAUAUGUUUGGGUGCACUUGCAGACGAAUAGGGUACCUGGCGAUUGCACAGAGGAGGACCAUACCCCUCAUCUCGCUUAUUAUUUUUUAAGAAUAGCUUGGAUGACAACCUAUAGUUUGGGGACUGUUUGUUGCCAAAAUCCGUUCUCUGCUAACUAGGUGAGAACGUCCAGUAGCUUUUGAUGCUCAUAGGGACCUUCCUUUCUACAUUAGUAGCCCUAUUUAACCCAUAUAGCGAUUGCAAUUACAAUCUCUAGUUGCAAAUGGCUCUCUUUACUUAAUUGUCUAUAUUUGUCAUGGGCAUAGUUUAAAUCUGUU